GACCGCUAUAACGAGAGGGAUCUUUAAGAGGUGAACACCAUGACAGAGCCAUUUGAAGGUCACAAGACCAAAUCUCCAAGCUUGAUCCAUCUCAAGCAAGCAUAUUGCCAUUUUAUUUUGCUCUCAUUAUUUUGUUUUAUCAUUAAUGGUUAUUACAUUUUACCUAUGCAGUGUUAAACAUGUGUAUCUUUCUUGUCUUUCUCUCUGCAGUGUUUCUAGUGGAUGUGCAAAGCAUUCUCAGUACCCUGUAUGUGUCCCUCCAUAUUUCCAGACAAUAGCCCAUAUAUUGCAACAACAGGGUGGCGGAAACAGGCAGGGAACAUCCAAGAGAGGCCCCUCUCUCUCAGCAUCUUUUACUUCCGUUCAUGGCUCUACGAUCUCUUCCUCUCCCUAUGUUUCUCCAUCAUGAUUCUUUUCCAUUCCCUCAUCAUUUUACCAUCAAUCCAACUUCCAUUACUGCAAGGCCGCUCUAUAUAUACACACAUGCAUGCACAUACACUACACAGAGCAAUUCUUCUCCCACUGGGUGCCACAAGGCUGAAUUCCCCAUGUGAUCAAUCAAGAGUCACACAAUCAAACUUAUAUGUUCUUUUUCUCGCUUACGCAUACACACACAAACAAUGUUAUGUUCUGCGUUUAAGACCUAAAAACAGAAUCCUCUGCUUGACUACUCAGGCAGACACGCCCAAGUAAAACAUGAACUCAUCUCCUCACAAACCCAAAUAUUAUAUUUAAAAAAAGUCUGCCCGUCAUAGACGACUGAACAUUUCCAUUACUUGCUGCUGUAACUGUAGCGACCGGAAAUCGCCUACCACUGCUAUUAGGUUAAGUAGGUUAUUGGCUCCGUUUGUUUUGUCUUUUAUUUAUAACGCUAUUUCUAAGUGGGUGAGGGUGGACCAGCCUAGCAAUGCUGAAUUAAGUGCCUGACACACAUUUCUUCUCAUUCAAAGACGAAUAUGAUGCUCGACUCAUGCGGACAAACUGUUUACCUCUUUGGUACCUCUGACGUCACGACACACCCCUCGAGCGCGUGAGUGUGUGUCAAUGUGUAUGUGCGCGCGCUGUCGCUCGCCAUUGAAUGCGGUGGGGUUCGUGCGUGCGUGCGUGUGUGUGUGUGACUGUUUCGCUUGUGGAAUGUGGGAGUUGUCCCCACGCGCUUUACGAACAAGCGACCUGUCCAAACAGUGCGCGCGUGGCAGAGGAUACCACACCAACCAAAACAUCGGACGCACGUUCACAGCAAGUCUUUGAUCCGUUAUUGGAGGAAAAUCCGCCGAACAGGGUAGAGUCGGGGCGGGGCGUAAAUACACUGAGCCCAUCUAUUUAGGGUCAAGUACAACAUUUUUACAGUCCUAACCGGCGUGGGUUCAAAGUUUGUUUUGUACCCGGAAACCCAUCACGGCGAAUCACUCACAGGGCGCAGAGGAAUUGCUUUCAGGUUCAGUCUUUUCUUUUUAUCUAGUUAAUCCACAGACUCCAGAUUAAUCUGCAUGGGAUGGAUCGCGAAGCAGCUGCAAUAGCCAGAGUAAUUCGUUAGCAUCUCGUCAAGUAGCUCUUCCAGAAGCUCGUCCGUGAGUACGGGACUGCGGUGUGGCUGGACGCGGAGCGAGGCGACCCUCUGCGGGCUGCGCUGCCGAGGCGGUGGGCGUGUUUUCUCUCCGUGUCUCGGCGUGCUAGCAUGUGAGCUGGCGCCAAGUUCUCCGCGUGAAGAAAAAUCACGGACAAGUUACGGGCUAGAGUAAAUCAGCAAAAGUCACAUCACGCUUGAUCGGAAAAGUUACAGGCAGUGAUGGAGUCAGCCGUUAGUACAUCCACUGAAGUGCCAGAUGAGUUUGACCGCAAUGUCCCACGGAUCUGUGGUGUGUGUGGAGAUAAAGCCACUGGCUUUCAUUUUAACGCAAUGACCUGUGAGGGCUGCAAAGGCUUCUUCAGGCGCAGUAUGAAGCGGAAGGCCAGUUUUACCUGUCCAUUUAAUGGAAGCUGCACCAUCACUAAAGAUAACCGUCGGCACUGCCAGGCCUGCAGACUCAAGCGUUGCCUGGAUAUUGGCAUGAUGAAAGAGUUUAUUCUGACGGAUGAGGAAGUUCAGAGGAAGAAGGAUCUGAUCCAGAGGAGAAAGGACGAGGAGGCACAGCGGGAGGCGCAGAAGCCCCGCCUCACAGAGGAGCAGCGCAACAUUAUCGACAAACUGGUGGAGGCGCAUCAUAAAACCUACGAUGAUUCCUACUCAGACUUCUCACGCUUCAGACCUCCAGUUAGAGAGGGUCCAGUUACACGUAGUGCCAGCCGUGCUGCAUCUCUUCAUUCACUGUCAGAUGCCUCCUCAGACUCCUUUAGCCACUCUCCAGAGUCAGGAGAUCGUAAGAUGAAUCUGAGUAAUCUCUUGAUGAUGUACCAGGAGCAGGGUAUGGGCUCCAGUCCGGACUCAAAGGAGGAUGAGGGCUCUGGUCUCUCCAUGCUUCCUCACCUGGCUGACCUGGUUUCCUACAGCAUUCAGAAAGUCAUCGGUUUUGCCAAGAUGAUACCUGGAUUCAGGGAGCUAACAGCUGAAGAUCAGAUUGCUUUGUUGAAGUCUAGUGCUAUAGAAGUGAUCAUGCUGAGGUCCAACCAGUCUUUCAGUCUAGAAGACAUGAGCUGGAGCUGCGGAGGACCAGAGUUUAAAUACUGUGUCAACGACGUCACAAAAGCUGGACACACUUUGGAGCUGUUGGAGCCUCUAGUAAAGUUUCAGGUGGGGUUAAAGAAGCUCAGCCUUCAUGAGGAAGAACAUGUGCUGCUGAUGGCCAUCUGCCUGCUGUCUCCAGACCGGCCUGGCGUGCAGGACCACGAGCGAGUGGAGGUGUUGCAGGACAGGUUAUCUGAGGUUCUGCAGGCAUACAUCCGUACGAAUCACCCAGGGGGUCGUCUGCUAUACGCAAAGAUGAUUCAGAAGCUGGCCGACCUCCGCAGCCUGAAUGAAGAACACUCCAAGCAGUACCGCUCGCUCUCUUUCCAACCCGAACACAGCAUGCAGCUGACACCUCUCGUGCUGGAAGUGUUCGGUGGGCAGGUCACCUAGCAAUUGCACAUGAGUCGAGACAAGACGCGUGGUUCAGAUGGUGCGGUGCAGGUGGAGUGAAAAACCAUACAGAGUUUCCAGGACGAAGUUUAUGAGUGCUUGAGGGUGUGUGUGUGUGUGUGUAUGUAAGUCUAUCCCCUUAUCGCUUACAGAUCGGCUAGAGAGUGCCAUAGAUAUUUCCGUUUUCUUGUUUUAUGUAAGGACAUUCUUACAGGAAUGUAGUAUGGUCACGGUGUUUUUCACUGUGGUGACUAAAUACAGUAAAUUUUACUGUAUCCUCAGUAGUCACCAGUAUUACACUGCAUGUGUAGUUCAUUUACAGAAUGAAUGUGUUUGUGUGUAUGGUCCUGUUCUAAACCUCUGCAUGGUCCCCAAAGCGCUGUCCACUACUGCUGAUAUCCUGUCUCUUCACCUCCUGCCUUUAAAUGCACAGGGUUGACCAUACUAAUGCAAGCACAUAGCUCUAACUCACCCCUCGCCUUGCCACUUAACCAAUCAAACGGCAGCUCCGCCCCCCUCUCCUCUGCCUCUAAAGCUUUGAAAGGUUGCUAAACCCCAAUAGCUGUCUUUUCUACUGUUAUUCGCCUGUGCUGUGAUUGGGCAAUGAACUGACGCCUGUUUAAAGUAGCCAGUGCUGCAUUAGCACUCACUGCAAAGCUAAUCUGUAAAUAAGACUCCGUAUCUAUAUUCUUACCUUCCUAAAUCAGUGUAAAUAAAGUUUGAUAUAAGCUCACUCGAUGCAUAUGGUAGAAUAUAGCAGAGGGAGACCCUGCAGCCCUGGCUGGUUACAAUGAAUAUGUAAACAUAAACUGUGCGAUUAUUGAAAUAUAGGAAUUGAAACCAUUAUUUGUUUUUAAAAACUGAGAGCUUUACCUCCGUUCUUUACAUUGUUGUGAGUUCAUCUUUGUAAAUCCUUUAGGAGUAUUUCCCUAUAGGUUCCAUAUGUCUCUUUCCUUGUUAUUUCUCUUUAGUCUCUCUUUACUGUGUUACUCAACUCUUGCAUUCCAUUCAUUUUCUCUCUUUUUUUUUUUUGUUUUUGACGUUGUACUUUCUGAUUAAUCAGACUGUUAUCCUUUUAUAACCAUUUUUUUUCUUUGUUAGUCAACACAUUUGUUCUCACACAGCUGAGAAAAUGCUUAAUGCUGUUUAUCAUACAUUUUUGUUAUUUAAAGCAAGUUUCACACAGGUAGGAGUUAUAAAGCUGUAACAGGGUGAACAUAAAACAUUUGGGUCAUAUUGCACCCCAAAAUCAAAAGAAAAAAGUUAGGGCUCUCAGAUUAUUAAAAUAAUUAAUAAAAAUAAAAAAUUUGUUAACGCAUUACCAAAAAAGUAGGCCUAUGUGUAAAUAUUAGGUUCGUCAAUUUAUAUGGAUGACACUUGUAAUGUUUAUUUGUGUGACUACUCAUCUUGCCAAAGUAGGCUAAACAGAUUUUAUGUUUCUCAAACUGCAUCAAAUGACAGGAAAUGCAAACACGGAACUUAAGCCUGCAAUAAUUCAAUAAUAAAACGGCAACAAUUUCCUGCACUUUAUGGAUGUCUCAACUGGGUUUUGUAUUUCUAAGUAUGGUGGCAUUUCUCUCUUGGAUGAUAUUUCACUUUUUGAAAAUCAUAUUUGUUUAAUCGCAUGUGUUAAUGGGUUAAAGGGAUAGUA